AUGACUAUCAGACGCUUGGAGAAGGAGUCGCCAAACUAUCUCGACGAUGACUUUACCGAGUGGCUCAAAUGCCUACUCGCCAAAGAGCAUGUGCCCGGUGUAUCUGUCGCUGUCGUUAGAGAAGAUGGCCAGAUAGAGUCUGCCGGCUUUGGGCUCGCGCGACUCCCAGACACGCCGGCGAGGGCAGAUACCGUCUAUCCCAUGGCAAGCACGACUAAGGCGUUCACCACCGCUCUGUUGGGGUUGCUGAUUCAAGAUGAUCGAGACGCCGACAAGAGCGUGCUUGGGGAGAAGGGGUGGAAGACCCCAGUCUCUCGCAUCUUGAAGGAUGAUUUCAAGACAAAGUCCGACUACGUCACGCGGACCGCGACAUUGGAAGAUAUCGCCAGUCAUCGCUCGGGGAUUCCAGGCCACAACAUUCCGUGGGGACCAAUACUAGGAAGGUCACUGCGAAACACAACGCGCUGUCUUCGGCACCUGGAGUCGCGGGACGACAGCUUCAGAGCGGUUUGGCAGUACAAUAACCUCAUGUAUGCCGUUCUGGGUAACCUCGUGGAGGAAGUCUCCGGCAGGGAGUUCCUCGACGUUCUGCAGGACCGAAUUCUAAAACCUCUAUCCAUGAAGCAAACCUGGUAUGGCAUUGAGCAGUUGGCGAAAGCUGAGGCGGAUGGGCAGGUGGAUAAGGCAUGUAUCGCGAGGGGUUACUAUUGGAAAAAGGGUGGCUUGGACGAUGAGAUACACGGUGAGGACACAGGAUAUUACGUGCCCGAGCCGUAUACGAGCAUCCUUGGUUGUGAGCCGGCCGGUGCACUGGUGUCGACGGUCGACGACUUCGCAAAAUGGGUGUCGUCCUUGCUCGAAGCUGCCCAGCCCAGGGAGGACGACGACCGGACAGAUUCUCUCAUCAGCAAUACACUCUGGAAAGAACUUACCACUCCGCGAAUCCAGAUCGUCCCACAACCUUAUCCAUCUGAAGUCACGCCGCCAAAGCCAAACGACCAUAGCACGCCGACAGGAUAUGCACUUGGCUGGGCCGUGGACCCGUACAUGUAUCCGGGUACUCUGAUCCUUUCACAUGGUGGAGGUCUGCCAGGAUUCGCUCUCGGGGUCGUGCUGGUCCCAAACCACAACUUUGGACUUGUGGUGGCGACAAACGGAGGUAUGGCAAACUCGGUUGGUGAAGCCAUCGCCAAGGAGUUGAUAGGACGCAGACUUUGUGUUUCCAAACAAGAACGACGCAACCGCGUCGAGAAACAAAAGAAACAUAAGGAACGAUCGGGCGUCAGCGACGAGAAUUCGGAACGCUCAAGCGACAAGUCCACGCCAAUAUCCGACCACGGUGCCACUUCGUUGCUAAUAGAGGGCACCUACCUCAAUCCCGCAUACCACACCGUUUCUUUAGUCAGAGCGGCUGCUUCGACCUGUCUUGGUGUCAAGGACCCACAUCUUGACGGUGUCAAAAUCAUCAGGAAUGAGGAGAAGGCCCCUGAUGCCGUCGGGCGUCCUCUCCUCAUUACUCCCCUUGGGAAACGGGGUCUGCACUUCCGAUUGCUUCUGCAUCAGUCAAAGAAGCAGCUGUAUGCGAACAAGAUCGUGUACGCGCUUGAAACGCUCGUCUCACACGGCGACCUCAGCUACGACCCCGCGCCAGGGUUGCCAAAAGGAUACGGUCGUCAAGGAGAUGCCAAGUAUCCCGGGAAGCCAGAGCCGGUGUUCGAGAGCAGCGGUGUCAAGGAUCGCGGAGCAGUUGUCGAAGUUGUCAAGGGUGACAACGAACAUGAGCUCUUGGUGGCGGCGAUGGGCCUCAGGACUAAAGUCGAUGAGGGGACGGACAAUGCUGGGAGGAGUGGGAAAAAUGAGGGAUUGCUCUAUGAAGGCUGGCAGGAUGACCUGAUAUGGUUUUACAAGACCGAAGAACACCAGGGAACAUGA